AUGUCUACAAAUGGUAAUCCUGGCAAUAUUCAUGUGGGACUUACAGCGGCCUCUAGGGGAAUAGUCUGGGGAGAUGAAAACAGUUCCAGGUCAUGUAUUAAGGGAGGAGUGGGUUGGGCAGAAAUAGGUUUGCCAGUGAGGUCUACCAGUGUAGAAAGUGCAUGGGCUUGGGACUCAGAUGUAACUGACAAGAUAAAGUUUAGUGUUACAACACAUUCCAGGAGGUCAUAUGAAGAAAAGAAUCUCCAAGGAGUCUUUUCGCAGACUAGUCUCAAUGUCCCCAAGGAAGAGAAAAGUCUUAGGCCAGCAGGCUGCAAACAUUUGUCAGCCAUGUACAGAAUGUGUAAUGGUGGUGAAGGACCCUCCUCAUGUGCGGACCGAGGAGAAUGGGACAAACAAUCAACCUCCAGUGUGUCAGAAAUGUCAGUGGCUUGUCUACAGGAUCGAAUCCAGCAGAUGGAGGAGACGCAUUAUUGCACAAAUGAGGAACUCCAGGCCACGCUGCAAGAACUUGAUGAUCUUCGAGAGCAGUUGUCAGAAUGUCAGAUUGAGGUGCAACAGUUGCAAGAAGAGAAACAGGUAAUACUGGAGUCCUUGACACAGCAAACAGAGAAGUUGAAUGAAUCACGCAGUCAUAAUGAUACCUUGAAGCAGAUGCUGAUCCAGCACUCUGAAAACAGUCAAGACUUAUCACAGUGUGAGAAGACACAGAGACUUAUGGAGCUUCUGAAGUGCUCAGAGGACAGAGAGUUACUGCAGAUAAAGCAGGAGGAGCUAGAGCAGCAGAUUGCCACCACCAAGGAGGCUGAAGAACGUUUCCACCAUAAUUCACAACUCAUCAGAGACAGAAUGAAGGUGCUGGAAUCAAUGGUAGAGACAGCCAACAAUGAGAAAAAGGCAGUUGAGACGCAGUUAGCAGAGUCUCAAGAGGCUGCCAAAGAAAAGAUAACAGAACUGGAGGCAGCAGUAAUCUCAGGGGAGAAGAGUGAAUUGGCAGACCUACUAGAAAGAGUGAGGCAAGAGAAGGACUUGCUGGAAAAGGAGAAUGCAGCUCUCCAGCAAAAGGCGAGUGCCAUGGCUUGUGAGAAUGAGAGACUCAAGGACCAGAUAUCCAGUCUUCAGGAUGAGCUCAUGGUUGCUCGUAAUAAUGCACGAACACAGCUUGAAGACGCAGGCUGGCGGAAGGCACAGCUGGAGGAGGAGCGUCAUCACUUGGAGGAAGAGACAGAGGUGCUAAGAGCCACCAUGGAAGACCUCAAGCUGACAUGCCAGCACCACCUGGAGGAUAAGAGAGAUCUCAAAGCCAGCCUUUCUGAAUCGCAGAAGAAACUCCAUGAAGCCUUAGAGAAACUGAAUGAGAAGGAGCGUUGCUUCAGUGAGGAAAGAGCACAGUUCAGCAAACAGGUGGAGGAAUGGGAGCAGUUUCAGAGUGACCUUUUGAUGACAGUGCGAGUAGCUAAUGACUUCAAGACGGAAGCACAGCAUGAUCUGGAACGCCUAACACAAGAAAACACUGUUUGCGAGACAGGCUCAAAACAACUUGGCCAAGACUUGGAAAAGGCAAAGGUAGUAGCAGCAGCGAACGCAGAACCUAUCCGGAACUUGCCUACACCCUUGCCUAAUGGAGAACCAUCCAUCCUGGCUGAUCGUCGCAACCCAGACCUCUGGCACGAGGGAUUCCCGUGUCAAGUCACUGAUAGUUAUCAGCACCAGGGUGCAUUAGCACACACCACUGGAGCACAGGACCAGGCUCCCAAGGAACAGAUAAAAUUUGCCUCUUAUAAAAAAUCCAUUGAGUGUGCAACUCGACAGACCCGUGCAGGAUCUCGAAGUUCUUCUACAUCUAGUUGUGCAGCUCAAGUAGUGAAAGCAACAACAAUAAUAACAAUAACAACAAGACUCCAGGACCCCUUCUCAAGAGAGCUGAUACAGAGGGUGUCAUCCGUGGUAGUUCCACCUUCACCACUUAAAGAUGCUGGUAACACACUUGGCACAUCAACAUUGUCAACUCCCUUGAGAGCCAUUCAGCGCAAUUCCUUCACUGAAGGAGUAACCCAGUCACCAUUCUUACAAAGCAACUUCACCAAGCCCUCCACUGGCUCAUCAAAUCUCUCAGAUAAUGUCAAAAUCAACAAGCUUGACCACUCUGUAAGACGUAACAGCUAUGGUCAGAUAAGUGCUGUCGUAGACAAGAAGGAUCCUUUGGCUUCUUUGGCUCAAGGUGGCGGGUCCAAGAGGAAUGCGUUGCUCAAGUGGUGUCAGAACAAGACCAUAGGUUACAGCAGUGACAUUACAAACUUCAGCUCCAGUUGGAAUGAUGGUCUUGCUCUCUGUGCUUUGAUGGACACCUACAUCCCAGACAAAAUAUGUUACAAAAGUCUCUCUCCAUCGAAUAAGAGGCAGAAUUUUGAAGUAGCAAUAUCUGCUGCAGAAAGUGUUGCGUGCCGAAUACCCUCGAUAACUUUAAAACAGUUUUGCAGUUUGUGCGGCCAGUCACAUCACACGUUACAACUCCUGACAAACCAAUCAAAUAAUUUUCUAUACGAGACUUUCGACCACUCAAAGGAUUCCUUUCACCCGCAAAGCAACCAAUCAGACAAGACCUCUUAUCCCAGCGCUAGAGAAUCAGCCAAUCGCAUGAGGAAGGCUUUGUUAAUAGUGUGUAUAGAAGCAAAGGUAACCUUCUUCGACUUCGAAUUUUUUUCAAAAGUUGGCGUGUCAGUCUGUAGACUUUCAAAGAUGGCAUGGGCUAACCGAAUCACAUCAAGGUUGGCAGCAGGAGAAUGUGAUGGAAAGGAGCAUCAGAUUCUCAUCACACGAGAACAAAUCUGA